AUGGAACGUGAGUUUCGUGUGAAAAUUAGUUACCAUCAAGCACGUAGGGGAAAGGUCGCUGCUUUACAUAUGCUACAUGGUAUACCGGGUGAUAACUUUCAAAAACUUUCUUCUUAUUGUCAUGUCCUAGGAGAGAGUAACCCGAGGACAGUAACACACAUCGAAGUAGAUUCUUGUAACAGGUUUCACUACCUUUUCCUAGCUUUCGAUGCAAGCAUUCGGGGUUACCUGCACUACCUGAGGCCUGUUAUUUAUGUUGACGACAGUCACUUGAAAGGUUCAUACAAAGGUACCCUUCUACUGACAACUGCCCAAGACGCUAACAAACAGAUUUAUCCUUUAGCGAAAAAUAGUAUUGAAAAUGCCAUUGCCCACCUAUUUCCUCGAGCUCACCACAGGUGCUGUGUCUGGCAUAUGAAAAAGAAUUUAAUCCAGCAGUACAAUAACGCAAGUUCAAUAUUUCUAUUCAAAAGAGCCGCAAGAACUUACCGGACCGAAGAGUUUGAAAGACUUAUAGGACAGCUUCGUAGGGUAAGUGCAAGAGCGUACGGGUACUUGGAGCGAGCAAGUUUCCCAUUUUGGUUACAGGCACUAUUUGUUAGCCAACAGUACAACAUUUUGACCAACAACAACGCAGAAUCUUUGAACUCAAUGUUGAGAUAUGCCCGUUCAUUACCGAUCAUGUGCUUAGUGGAACACAUUCGGCAUACUAUGCAGAAGUAA